AUGCUACUAAGAUCCCUCAUACCGCGCAAUCUCCCCAAGUCAAUCGCCCCGCUUCGAUGCUUCACCGUCACUUCCUAUCUCCCCGAUAAGCCGCUACCCCCUCGGUUAAAGAUCAACGAUGCCGAUCUGAUCGUGUCAUACCUGAAGGGCACUGGCCCUGGAGGUCAGAAAAUUAAUAAAACCAACUCUGCCGUACAGCUCAUCCACAAACCUACCGGUGUCGUGGUGAAAUCACAGGCGACUCGUUCCCGAUCCCAGAAUGAGAAGAUCGCACGGCAGCUUCUCGCCGAUAAAGUUGAACAGCUUGAAAAAGGAGACCAGAGCCGUGCUGCGAUUAAGGUUGAUCGUGCUCGCAAGAAGAAGGCUAGCAAGAUGAAGAAGACCCGCAGAAAAUAUCGGGAGUUGGAAAAGGGUCAGGAGGAACUACAAGAGCAGGAGGAGUAUGAUGGUGAAGACGGCCAUCCGGAGGAUCUAGCCGGAGAUCAGUCACCGAACACAGUCGCCAAAGGUCUAGCGGACCAGAAGCAGGAGAAAUAA